CUUGAUUGCAAUACAAAACAUUGAAGUGAAUGCAAGGCACUUCUAUAAAUACAACCAAUGUCGCCAGCGUGUGCGAUAUUAUUACGCGAACCCCUUUAUCGAGCGCAUUCAACAUGUUAAGGGUGUUGUUGUGCGUAAGUGUGUUACACGCGACUUUAGCUAUUAUAGUGACUGAUCCCCCGCCAACAAGUACGGAGUACAAUUACUGGUACAAUAUAGUCGACCCGUCCACCGGCGAUACCAAGAGUCAACAAGAAAUAAGGCAAGGCGAUGUGGUUAAAGGAUCAUACUCAGUUGUCGACCCAGACGGUACCAAGCGCAUAGUAGACUACACGGCUGAUUCUAAGAAUGGUUUCAAGGCAAUCGUCCGUACCGAGCCAGUGGUUUCUGCGCGGCCCGAUCGCUAUUACCAUCCAAAUAUAUAUCGUAAGCACUAUGCUCCAGUACAAAAUUCAUUCUUUCAUUCCGCCCCUUUGCCUGAGUAUUACUCACCAAUAUCAUCUGACAACAAUUUAAUUCAAGACGAGCCGGUUCUCUUCACUCCCGGUAAUGAUACGCGCCCUGAUCCCCAUACAUUCCAUCCUGGUGAAUUUUUUAUGCCCAAUUAUAUGCAUCAUUGAAGGAAAUGUAAAAAUAAAUUAAGCAAUUGUAUACAACUACUGGAUAAGAUGUUGAAUUAAAAACGAAAUGUGAUAUUAGUUUCA